ACUCGCACUUCUGGUGUAGCAAAGAUGAGACCGAUUCUGCUGUUGGUUGUGGUGGCCGUCGCCUCGGCGCAGUUCCCAUUCAACCGAGGUUUCCGCCGCAACCCAUUCCGGCAGCAGUUCCAGUUCAACCGGCCGCCCAACCGCUUCGCCGCUCCCGUCCGCUCCUUUAGGGCCAAGACUACAUCUGGACAAGCGGCACGAGGCGAGGCCAAUCCUGGGUCUGGGGCAACGGAACACCUGUGUCUAGCAUCAACUGGUCACACACUGGAUUGUUAUCCUCACCGCCUUCGCCCGCUCCCGUUAUCCUCACUGAGACCAUAUUUGAAAAGCAAUCAUGUGAUAUGUAUUUAACCAUGUAAUUAAUUAUGGGUAAUACACUCAUUGUCCUGAAUGAACUCGACACCGGAACAACAUAAUUAGUCAACUGUUGAAAUAAGCCGUCCUCAUUGCCGAUUAUUUUCAAAUUCAGUAUCUUGAUAUUUAUUUAAAUUAUAGACUUUCGUCUAUUAUAUUAUAUCAUGAUGUGAAAGUUUAUAAUCGAAUAAACUUAUUUUGAUAA